AAAACAUUUAGACCCUGUCUGCAGUAGGCCCAGUAAAGGAAGAACCGUCAACAUGAAUAUUCUGUGCGCCGUGCUUAUCAUCGCCACCGUUGCGGCAGCCAACGCCAAGCCCAAUACGCAGGUCCAGAGUGCUUUGGAUCAGUAUCUGGUGCAAGCUCGCAGUCUGGAUACAUUCGUUUCGGAGGACAUGACCACGCAGUGCUUUAACACUUACAUGCCCCUGCUGAACCAACUGGCGGCCACUUUCUCGUCCUCCUAUCAGGACUGCAUCAACACCGCCAAUGCCCAGACCGCCAAUCUGACCGCCCAGGCGGAAGAGCAGCAGAAGACCUAUCAGUCGGAGGUCACCAGCCUGUGCAGUGCCUUUACCGCCUGCGACAGUAACAAUGACACUACCACCUUCUUCAACUGCUACGCCAACGCGGCUGAUAAUGAUGUCUCCGUGAUCUACAACCUGGCCAGCAAUGCUGCCAGUGCGGCCAGCUCCUUGAGCUCGGGCAUCCAAGCCAUCCAGAGCACGGAGUACCAGUGCACCAAUACCACGCAAAACAACUACGUCCGUGAUACUGCUGCCACCUACGAUCUGCUGGACAGCUGCCUGAAGUACGGAGUGCCCACCACUACUGCCACAUCGCCAUCUGAGCCGCCGACUACCUCUACCACAGACGGGUUCUUCUUUGGCCUUUAAAGAAAUCUGAAACUUUAACGUGUCUAAAUCUUUGGUGAUAUUACAUGUGUGCUUUUCACCAAGAAACGAAAUGUGUAACCCAAAAGUGUAUUUUAUGGUUCAGUAAAUGUUGUUUAUUGUUA